AUGAAGAAAACUCACAGUGUGGAUGGGCUAGUUACAAUUGAGAAAAAGGCAUCACAUCUAAAAUGGGCGAAUUUGUGGAAGCUCAGUAACAAAAUCUGUCCUUUACCAUGCACAUCUCUUCUCUCCAUUAACAAAGCUACUCUUACACUCGUGUGUCUUGUGACAUCUUCAAAAGCUUCGUUUUACUGGUUUUCCAAUCCUCCCACCUGUCCUUCUGGGAUUCAGGUUUGCUUUAUUUUGACUGGUUUAAUGAAGGUGGAUUGUGACACAGCACCUCAGUAUACCGUUCCAACUUGGAUUUUAAGUUUGGCAUUGUUGAUAACUGGAUCACGAGGUCAAUAUUGCGACUUAAUGUAUACACUGAUGUCCAAUGAAGGAGCAGACAAUGAGGAUAAACGUCGUGAGGUUUUAAAGGCGCUUCCUUUGAAAAUGCAGUGUUAUGAAAUGAAAGUGUUACCAGUUACAAGUGUAAAGGUGGAGAAAGACCCACAGCAUACAAUGAAAACACUUCUGAAUCCCAUCAUCCGAGUUGUAUUAAAACAUGUUAGAAUCCACAAGAGUUUGAGAUGUGCAUACCUCCCACCCUUCAGGAGUGACUCAGGUGGCACAAAUAAUAUUCAGCAAACUGCAAAGCCGAGUAAGCACGUGGAGGUAGGAUUUUCAACACAGACUGUCAAAAUCUUCCCAAUAGUAGUUAAGAGGUGUGACAAGAAAUCAUGCUCAGUUGAGGACCGUGUAGAAAAAUUAAUGCAUCAUAACGCUUUUUUCAAUGAGUUAUUUUGUAUUCUUGAUAAGCUCAAAAGUCCCACUUUGCCUUGGGAAUCUCUGUUACUUGUGAAAAAGCUUCAAGAAAACGCAUUUAAUGCAUAUUCGGCGAGCCGGAUUGUGCAGUACGAUAAAGUGGUGUACGCAUUCUUCUUAUGUGAAAAGGUACUAUUUUUAAAAAUUGACUAUAUAACCAAGAAGUCCUUAAAUAAAUAUUUAUGGAAAAUUCCACGUCUUAAAGUAAACCCUCCUGUCCUUUAUCGGUUCGCUCCAAAACCCCCAAAUGAAAAAAAUUUGACCACAAUCAUGCUUAGUUUACUACAAGCGUUUGAGUGGAGGAGAAAAUUUUUGAAGUAUCAGCUCCAUUACUUCUUUGCAGCUGUGAAAAAUGAACCACUAGGGAAGUGCUAUGCAUUACAGAUGUUCCGAUUACUGAACAUUAAUAUUAAAGAAAGGAGGGGAGAAGCUCAAUUUUCACUUUGUAAUAUUUUGGUUGAGAACUUAGUGAAAACAGCUAAGGGAUCUUUUCCUUCAAAUUUGGCAAAUGAUCUCAUACCUUUUGUUAAAGAUGAAAAUUUAUGGAAAGCAAUACAAGAUUAUGUAAAACGCUCUAUAAGACUGCAUUCUCAUUAG